AUGCCUCUAAGCCGCACUUUGUCCAUGUCCUCACUGCCAGGACUGGAGGAUUGGGAGGAUGAAUUCGACCUGGAGAAUACAGUGCUCUUCGAGGUGGCCUGGGAGGUGGCCAACAAGGUGGGCGGCAUCUACACGGUGCUACAGACGAAGGCGAAAGUGACAGGGGAUGAAUGGGGUGACAACUACUACCUGGUGGGACCGUACACGGAGCAGGGCGUGAGGACCCAGGUGGAACUGCUCGAGCCCCCAACCCCAGCCCUGAAGAGGACGUUGGACUCCAUGAACAGCAAGGGCUGCAAGGUGUAUUUCGGACGCUGGCUGAUCGAGGGGGGCCCCCUGGUGGUGCUCCUGGACGUGGGGGCCUCAGCCUGGGCCCUGGAGCGCUGGAAGGGGGAGCUCUGGGACACCUGCAACAUCGGGGUGCCUUGGUACGACCGUGAGGCCAACGACGCCGUCCUUUUUGGCUUCCUCACCACCUGGUUCCUGGGUGAGUUCCUGGCCCAGAACGAGGAGAAGCCACACGUGGUUGCACACUUCCAUGAGUGGUUGGCGGGCAUUGGCCUCUGCCUGUGCCGGGCCCGGCGGCUGCCCGUGGCCACAAUCUUCACCACCCACGCCACACUGCUGGGACGCUACCUGUGUGCGGGUGCCGUGGACUUCUAUAACAACCUGGAGAAUUUCAAUGUGGACAAGGAAGCAGGGGAGAGGCAAAUCUAUCACCGCUACUGCAUGGAGCGGGCAGCGGCCCACUGCGCUCAUAUCUUUACUACUGUGUCCCAGAUUACUGCCAUCGAGGCUCAGCACCUGCUCAAGAGGAAACCAGAUAUCGUGACCCCCAAUGGACUGAAUGUGAAGAAGUUCUCUGCCAUGCAUGAGUUCCAGAACCUCCAUGCUCAGAGCAAGGCUCGAAUCCAGGAGUUUGUGCGGGGCCAUUUUUAUGGGCACCUGGACUUCAACUUGGACAAGACCUUGUAUUUCUUUAUCGCCGGCCGCUACGAGUUCUCUAACAAGGGGGCCGAUGUCUUCCUAGAGGCCUUGGCCCGGCUCAACUAUCUACUCAGAGUGAACGGCAGUGAGCAGACAGUGGUCGCCUUCUUCAUCAUGCCGGCUCGGACCAACAAUUUCAACGUGGAAACCCUCAAAGGCCAGGCUGUGCGCAAGCAGCUUUGGGAUACGGCCAACACCGUGAAAGAGAAGUUCGGAAGGAAGCUUUACGAGUCCUUGCUGGUGGGGAGCCUCCCGGACAUGAACAAGAUGCUGGACAAGGAGGACUUCACUAUGAUGAAGAGAGCUAUCUUUGCCACGCAGAGUCCGAUUCGACGGAUGGUGGUCAGGAUAGGAUCCGAGGAGUCGUCCAGCAUAUUGUGGGUGCACACAGGGGGGAAAGACUGUCGCUGCAGGGGCCACAAGAGGGAUGGGGCUGAGUGCACGGUUAUGGGCAUCCCCAGUAUCUCCACCAACCUCUCCGGCUUCGGCUGCUUCAUGGAGGAACACAUUGCAGACCCCUCAGCUUACGGCAUCUACAUUCUGGACCGGCGGUUCCGCAGCCUGGAUGAUUCCUGCUCGCAGCUCACCUCCUUCCUCUACAGCUUCUGCCAGCAGAGCCGGCGGCAGCGCAUCAUCCAGAGAAACCGCACGGAGCGCCUCUCAGACCUUCUAGACUGGAAAUACCUAGGCCGGUACUAUAUGUCCGCGCGCCACAUGGCGCUGGCCAAGGCCUUUCCAGAACACUUCACCUAUGAGCCCCACGAGGCUGACGCGACCCAGGGCUACCGCUACCCUCGGCCGGCCUCCGUGCCGCCAUCGCCCUCGCUGUCGCGACACUCAAGCCCUCACCAGAGCGAGGACGAGGAGGAGCCACGGGACGGGCCGCCCGAUGUAGACGGGGAGCGCUACGAUGAGGAAGAGGAGGCCGCCAAGGACCGGCGCAACAUCCGCGCCCCCGAGUGGCCGCGCCGCGCCUCCUGCGCCUCUUCCACCAGCGGGAGCAAGCGCGGCUCCGUGGACACAGCGCCCUCCAGCUCAAUCAGCACUCCCAGCGAGCCCCUCAGCCCCGCCAGCUCCCUGGGCGAGGAGCGCAACUAA